UUUCCCGGCACACUGGCAGGAAAAACAGGCAUUUGUGAUCAUCACCCAGUCAUUUGCGCUCUUGUUAAUGUGGCCGGGGAGCUCGGCUCUUCCCCGAGCCACUCUGGGAUCCGCCUGGCAGCCGCAGCCAAUGUGCUAGGACUCCAGGUGCUGCUUGGCACAAAGCUAGACUGCGACCUCCUACCAUAGCGCUUGGCGUCACCUGCUCUCCCGGCCCUACCCCGGGGCCGAGGGACUGCGUCCCGAACCAGGCUUGGGAAUCGGCUGCCUCUCAAAUGAACCUCUAGUCUUGCUUUGAAAAAGCCAUUUUGUGUAACUCUUGACUGAAUAAUUUCUUGGUACACCUGUUUGGGACUAUCACUGAAAAAGUAUGCCAUUCGAGAUUUCCUUUACUUAACCAAAUACUGGGGAUUAAGAAGAGGUGUUUUUUUUCCACCCAAUCAUUAUGAGCAUUGGCUUUUCACCCUUGAAGUAAAAAUGUUGAAAGCUGAGUCUUCAGGUGAACGAACCACUCUCAGAAGUGCCUCUCCUCACAGGAAUGCAUACAGGACUGAGUUCCAGGCCCUGAAAAGUACUUUUGACAAACCCAAGUCAGAUGGGGAACAGAAAACAAAAGAAGGUGAGGGCUCCCAGCAGAGCAGGGGUAGGAAAUAUGGCUCCAAUGUCAACAGAAUUAAGAACCUAUUCAUGCAGAUGGGUAUGGAGCCCAAUGAGAAUGCCGCUGUGGUCGCCAAAACGAGGGGGAAAGGUAGACCUUCAUCCCCUCAGAGAAGAAUGAAGCCCAAAGAAUUUCUGGAGAAAACAGAUGGCUCCGUUGUUAGGUUGGAGUCCUCUGUUUCUGAAAGAAUUAGUAGAUUUGACACAAUGCAUGAUGGCCCUUCAUAUUCUAAGUUUACAGAGACUCGAAAGAUGUUUGAGAGAAGUGUGCAUGAGUCAGGACAAAAUAAUCGCUAUUCCCCAAAGAAAGAGAAAGCUGGAGGGACUGAACCACAAGAUGAGUGGGGUGGUUCUAAGUCCAACAGAGGCAGCAGUGAUUCCUUGGACAGCCUUAGCUCCCGGACUGAGGCUGUCUCUCCAACUGUGAGUCAACUGAGUGCAGUAUUUGAGAACACAGAGUCCCCGGGUGCCAUCGUUUCUGAGAAGACUGAAAGCAGUGACUACUCAGUGACUGGGCAUUAUCCUCUGAAUUUGCCAUCUGUUACCGUUACCAAUCUUGACACUUUUGGCCACCUUAAAGAUUCUAAUUCGUGGUCUUCGAAUAAAGAAGGUGUUGAUAUAGAGGAUGCUCAGGAGAGUAAUGCAACUCCAGUACCAGAAGUGGCUCCGCAAAGUACCUCUCUAGCUUCGAUGCCUAGUGAAGAGAGACAGCUGAGCAAGGAAGCCGAGGACUCUACAUCUCACCAAGAGACUCUGGACAGAAUUGACAAAGACGUUUCUGAAGAACCCUGUGCUGAAAACCAGGCGAUGCCCAAGUCUGAAAUCCUCUCACCACAAAACGAAGCUUUAAAAGAUGGUGAAGCUAAUUUGGUUGGGAUUGAGACAGCAGAGCAACAGAGGAAAGACCUUACAGGUGGUGAUUUAACCUCUCCUGAUGCUUCUGCAUCUAGCUGUGGAAAAGAACUACCUGAAGACUCAAAUAAUUUUGAGAGUUCCCAUGUAUAUAUGCAUAGUGACUAUAACGUGUAUAGGGUGAGAUCCAGGUAUAACUCAGACUGGGGAGAGACAGGCACUGAGCAGGAUGACGAGGGCAGUGAUGAGAGCAAUUGCUAUCAGCCUGAUAUGGAAUACUCUGAAAUCCUUGGCUUACCAGAAGAAGAAGAAAUCCCGGCAAAUAGGAAAAUUAAGUUUAGUUGUGCUCCGAUUAAGGUUUUCAACACGUACUCCAAUGAAGACUAUGACAGGAGAAAUGAUGAAGUUGACCCUGUGGCCGCAUCUGCUGAGUAUGAACUUGAAAAGCGUGUAGAAAAACUGGAACUUUUCCCAGUGGAACUAGAGAAAGAUGAGGAUGGUCUUGGUAUAAGUAUUAUUGGAAUGGGUGUUGGCGCAGAUGCUGGGCUUGAGAAGCUGGGAAUAUUUGUCAAGACAGUAACAGAAGGUGGUGCUGCUCAGCGGGAUGGCAGAAUCCAAGUCAAUGACCAGAUUGUGGAAGUGGAUGGAAUCAGCUUGGUAGGUGUCACACAGAAUUUUGCUGCAACAGUUCUCCGAAAUACCAAGGGCAACGUCAGAUUCAUUAUUGGGCGAGAAAAACCAGGCCAAGUGAGUGAAGUUGCCCAGUUGAUAAGCCAGACCCUGGAACAAGAGAGACGCCAGAGAGAGCUGCUGGAACAACACUAUGCCCAGUAUGAUGCUGACGACGAUGAGGUAACCAUGGAGGAUUUCUUUAAACCCCCCAGACAGUCAGCAAUAUGCCAUGAACCUCUAGGGAACACUGUGGCUGAAUUGCAAGGAGUAUCUGGCAACUGCAAUAACAAUAACAACCGUUUCCUUAAGACUGGAGAAUAUGCUACCGAUGAAGAAGAGGAUGACGUUGGGCCUGUCCUUCCCGGCAGUGACGUGGCCAUUGAAGUCUUUGAACUCCCUGAGAAUGAGGACAUGUUUUCUCCAUCAGACCUGGACACAAGCAAGCUCAGUCACAAAUUCAAAGAGUUGCAAAUCAAACAUGCAGUUACAGAAGCAGAGAUUCAAAAAUUGAAGACCAAGCUGCAAGCAGCAGAAAACGAGAAAGUAAGGUGGGAACUAGAAAAAAACCAACUUCAACAGAACAUAGAAGAGAAUAAAGAAAGAAUGUUGAAGUUGGAGAGCUACUGGAUUGAGGCGCAGACAUUAUGUCACACCGUGAAUGAGCAUCUCAAAGAGACUCAAAGCCAGUAUCAGGCCUUGGAAAAGAAAUACAACAAAGCAAAGAAGUUGAUCAAGGAUUUUCAGCAAAAAGAGCUUGAUUUCAUCAAAAGACAGGAAGUAGAAAGGAAGAAGAUAGAAGAAUUGGAAAAAGCUCACCUGGUAGAGGUCCAAGGCCUCCAAGUACGGAUUAGAGAUUUGGAAGCUGAAGUGUUCAGACUCCUGAAGCAAAAUGGAACCCAAGUUAACAACAACAAUAACAUCUUUGAGAGAAGAACAUCUCUUGGUGACAUCUCUAAGGGAGACACUAUGGAGAACGUGGAAGUCAAACAAACAUCCUGUCAGGAUAGCCUGAGUCAAGACUUGAAUGAAGCAGUCCCAGAGACAGAGCGCCUGGAUUCUAAAGCACUGAAAACUCGGGCCCAGCUCUCUGUGAAGAACAGGCGCCAGAGGCCCACAAGGACAAGGCUCUAUGACAGCGUCAGCUCAACAGAUGGGGAGGACAGCCUAGAACGGAAGCCUUCAAACACUCUCUAUAACCAUAUGCAUGUUACCAAAUCACUUCCACUCAAGGGUCGGAGAAGCUCUUCCCCAGAGUCAGAUUCUGGUGUUCCACCCCUCACCCCUGUGACUAGCCAUGGGUCCUUCUCCUCUGACCGCAUGGCUGAGUUUCAAGAAGAACCACUGCAUCCAGAGACAGGGCCUUGCUCCUCUGUCUCAGGAGAUACUUCACCUUCCUCUCCCUCAAAGUCUGAUCACGAUACUGAAGAAUCUUCUUGGCACCAUCAAGCCACCAAGAAAACAUUACAAGGCAAAGAUGGUGCCAAGUGUCCCAAAUCACUAAGGACAUCCAGCUCAUUUGCAGUGCAAGGAGGAAAAAUUAAGCGCAAGUUUGUGGAUCUGGGGGCCCCUUUGCGAAGGAAUUCCAACAAGGAGAAGAAAUGGAAAGAAAAAGGAAAGGAGGCCAGUAGGUUUUCUGCAAGUAGCAGGAUCUUCAGAGGCAGGCUGGAGAACUGGAAAGCCAAGCCACCCUCAGCAGCCCAGGCCUCCACUCGCUCUCCAUGCAUGCCUUUCUCAUGGUUUAAUGAAAGCCGAAAAGGAUCCUAUUCCUUCGGGAACCUGCCUUCACCUUCAACUCCCCUUCAGCCUUCUACUGGGACUCUAAUUUCAGAUAAAACGGGGUCCAAGAAUUUUACCUUCAAUGAUGACUUCAGUCCCAGCAGUACCAGCUCCGCAGACCUGAGUGGCUUAGGAGCAGAACCCAAAACGCCAGGGCUCUCUCAGUCCUUAGCACUGUCAUCAGAUGAGAGCCUGGAUAUGAUAGAUGACGAGAUUCUUGAUGAUGGACAGUCUCCCAAACACAGUCAGUAUCAGAAUCGGGCCGUUCAUGAAUGGAGUGUGCAGCAAGUUUCUCACUGGCUAAUGGGCCUAAAUCUGGAGCAGUAUGUGUCUGAAUUCAGUGCCCAGAACAUCACUGGGGAGCAGCUCCUGCAGUUGGAUGGAAAUAAACUUAAGGCUCUUGGGAUGACAUCAUCCCAGGACCGUGCAUUGGUCAAAAAAAAACUGAAGGAAAUGAAGAUGUCUCUAGAGAAGGCUCGGAAGGCCCAAGAGAAAAUGGAAAAACAAAGAGAGAAGCUGAGGAGGAAGGAACAAGAGCACAUGCAGAGGAAGUCCAAAAAGUCUGAGAAGAUGACAUCCACCACAGAGAGUGCCAGUGAGCAGUAAUGCCCCAAGGCUGGACUUGAGGGAAGCCCCCGCCUCUUCCUUCCCCCUUCUCCAGAGGAUGAAGAAGAAAGUGACCAUGGGUUUAAUGCCACUGUAGGCAGUUUGACAAAUUGUGUGUUGAAUGACUGCAAUAAUAGAACGCACUCUUAAUUUUAACCUCCCCAAAUAACCCCAAGCCACGUAUGGUUUGUUAACAGACCAGGAAUCUAGUUUGUGAGAGAUGUAAAGUAGCUGUGUUUCUCUCUUCUACUUACCAACAUCCUGUGUUGUGUUGGAUGUGGUGUCACUUGGAGAAACAUCCUGACCCUGCCAGUGAGAGCAUGACACCUCCUGGUGUUGAGUGGAGUACCGAAAUUUUCAGUGGGAGACCCUGACACUGAGAUUGUGCCCAUCUGUGUGCAGAGCACCUGCCUUGAGAUGAGGGAGUUGCAGUGGCUCCUGAGGCUGCAGAGUCUAAUGAAGUGUGAGAAAGGCUCCCCUUCAUUCUGACUGUACAGGAUGGCAGCCCCAGUGUGGAAAUGUGAGUCCUCAGUACAUAAUUACCUACUGAGGGAAAGAACAAGCCUGCUGUUCUGCUUCCUGGGAGGGAGGGAGGGAGAGAGAGAGAGAGAGAGAAAGAGAGAGAGAGAGAACACAGAGAAACAGAGAAACACAGAGAGAAAAUAGUAGUUCUUUGUUAACUAUAGAAGAAAUCAAAAAUCAAAAGCCUUAAGACCACUGAUGUGGAUGUACCUUGGGGUUUGGAGGAUAACAGUUUUCCUCCAGUUACUGCUAAACAGAGAAGAAAAAGUCAGACCUUAAUACAACUGUGGGAUGUUGGGAUCUGCUGUGUACUUUGCCACAACCGUGUGUUCAGUGUUUCAGCGACACUGACAGACACAACACAGCUCCUUUUUCCCCCCAACAAAUUGAACAGGAAAUGGAUUUUUAAGGAAACCAACAUUUUCAGGUUUCCUCUCCUGGGAAAACUCUGGCUUGAUCUUCAGCCUGCCUAUGACACAAUAAGGAACUUGUCGCAUAUUUUCUACUCCAAGUUUCCCAAAAACACUUUUAAAAACUGAAAACUAGAAAUACCAGUCAGAGAAAAUUUAGAGUUGAGUAACAAUCAACCAGGGAACCUUUUUUUUUUUUUUUUUUUUUUUUUUUUUUAGCACACAGAGGUUCCCAUAAAGGAGAGUUGUCAGUCAGUUUCAUUUUUAACGGCUUUUUUGAACCAUUCUCUUCCAUAUAGAGACUAUAGAGACUUCCAGAUCUGUUUAAGGUAAUUGAGAUAGACUUUAGCAGUGGAACAACUGACACUUUAAAGCCAGUAUUAAGAAUUUCAGUAUUUCACCAACCUAAGUUGAGUGCAGGAGACCAGGGCAGAGGGAGGAGAUACUAAACUCAUCUUGAGAAACUUCAGAUGAUGAGGGUUUUUAUUUGUUUGCUUGCCUUUUGUUUUGCUUCUUAUGCUUAUUCAUCUAACUCUCAUUGCUGCUUUGGCCCUAAAAAUGAGGUCAUCUACUUUCUGAUGGACACAUUUCAAAGUAAGACUGGAGGCCAAAAGAAUUCUUAGACAAAUACUUUACUUCCUUAACUCUACUAAGUCCUUGCUCUAUUCCCAGCUCUGUCUAUAUCUCCCCUGAGAGCGUUCUGUAUGAAGAGCUUGAGCCCAGCUCCUGAGCUAUUACAGGUAUCAGCUUGUGUAAGGGUCCCCUGCCCAUGUAGCCUCACCUUGUGUUUUUGACAUCAUGACUGUUAAAAUUUUUUAAUUUUUUUUUAAACAUACAAAUUCUGAAAUUACCUGAACUAGAAACCCACAAUCCUGUUCUUUCUCCAAGGCCCGCUUCCUUUUCUGGGCCAGAGCACUGUCUCUUAUGUUUCAGACCUUUUGUUACUAGGUACAGAUGAUUCAUUCAGUCCUUAAGUGUUGACAUGGGAGCAGCAUGGUGCUUUACAGUGACCAGAACCACCUGAUGCUUUUUGUUUGUGUGGGAUACUAGAUGGCUGUUAAUGUCUUUGGAUGCCUGGCUUUGCCAUAUAUUAAUAUCAUGAGAAAUCAAGAGUCACGCUCUACAAAAUUCAGAAAAUUAAUACUAAUACUAGAAGACUAAGGUAGCAAAAAUCUGGUAAUUCUAAUGGUUGCUCUUGUAAAUUUUGCCAUUUUUGCUUUUCCUUGGUACAAAAAGCACACCUACUCUGGAUCACACUGGAAGCUUCACUGUGUUCAUUUUAAGAGAGGAACUAGAGGGGUGCCUAUUUUAAGUUAUGUUUACACUUUGGUAAUAUUUGAAGAUGAAUGUAUAUAUUGGAAAUGUCUAUAAGUGUAUCUCUGUUCAUAACUUAUGAUCUAUUAUAUUGCAUUUCUUAAAUAUAUUGUUCCUCAUUAUAACUUUAUUAACACUAAAGUGGUUAGAUCUGUAUCUGACAAUGUUAAAAAUCAAGUUUUUAAAACAUUUAGUUUAUAUUUUAAUAGUUUUGAUUUUUUUAAGUUAAAUUAUAGUAAAAAAUGAAUUCUUUUAACAUUGCUACUUAAAAACUGGUCAAAUGGUAAAAGGGCUCUUGUUUGUGCAACAAAAGAUAAAAUAUAAACUGAUUGAUGCAAGUAUAAAAACAAAGUGAAAGACCUCAGAUCUUAGGAGCAUUUUGUUUUCCUGUUAUUUUCUUUAUUGACUGUGGUGCAUGAUAGUAAUUGCAUUUCCAGUGUCUUGCACAAUUCCUACUUAAUAACUAGUAGUUUUCAGGGUCUAUACUAUUUAACACAAAACUAUCGCCUCAUGGACUGUAAAGACUUCGCAGGGUUUUUUUAUUAUCAAAAAAUAAACAAAAAGGGAAUGACUGCUUACUAUGAAUUAUAGCCUAGUAAAGGAUAAUUCAGUAGGACCACAUCAGUAGCCAAAAGUGUUCUGGGGUAUAGGUAGUGUUUGCAAGUGGAAGUGCAUGAUAAAGCUAAGUCAUAAGCAGAGAACAUUAUGGGAGUCAGAUCUGGGUCAAGGUUUCCACUAAAUAACUUUGUUUGGAAUUAAGACCAUCUUACAGUGACUCAGAGUUAUGUAAUCAUUUCUCACCACCACCACCCUUUGAUCUAGAGGUGUUCUGUUAGAACAAAAUCCACACUACAUCCGUGUUAGUGCUCUGAAGUCCACCUUUGCUAUCAUAACAGCAAAGUUCUUCUGUGGCAAUCUGUCAUUCUUUAGCUGGAAUUGACAUGGACUUUCCACCCUCCACCUCACACAGGCUCUUAAAAUAUCACAAUAGUUCAUGAUUAUAGUAUGAUAGGAGCUAAUGCCAAACUCAGCUUCCUACAGGCACACAACAUGCCUACCUUAUGUUCUUUUGCUUGGGGAAAUAAAGUGGCAAAGAAGUGAGGGCUCUGACACUGUCUGUGCCUAUAGUGUUUAUCCUAAGAUCAUGAAAUAUGCUAGGCCUAAACCACUCUCCCCAGGUUAUCAGAUCUAGCAACCGGGCCCUGGUGGCUCUUGCUGGCAGCAAAGAAUUCUUAUCUAGGUUCUUUGUGCAAUGGAUUGACUUGUGCUUGAAAGUUAUAUUUUAUAAGAGGUAAACAAAUUAUAUCUAUAUAGCUAUUCUAAGUCACAUAUAAACAUGAAAGGGUUAGAUAAAUUAAGUUCAAGAAGGAUCAUCAAGAUGUUUCACAAGAGUAUUAAAGAAGAUUCUGGAGGAGAAAGUCCCAACCAUUCUAAAAAAAGCACCUAUACCUUUAGUGUGUUUUGCUCUCUCAUACACUUGAAAUAUUUAAGAACUACCAAUUCCAUUUGAGUAACUAAGGGGAUUUCCUACAGCAGUGAAGAUGAGAAGCUAUUCACUUUGAGUGACAGGAGUCAGUAGGUUUCCCAUCUCUUAUGCCAACACCUAGUGUUCCCUGAAUGAAAGAUAAUCAGGAAAUGACAACCUAGAGUUUACGUGUUUUCUAAUUUACCUUUAGUCAAGGAUCUACCUAUGUAUAGUUCAAAAGGUGAGCUUGUAAAGAUGAGGCCCAGAAGUAAAAUGUCUAUGCUUUCUUGCAAAAUUGUUCUCAUUGUGAUGGGUUAACGGGAAGCAGACAAUCUUAAAAGAAAGCAGUUACAAGAAAUCUGCUUCAAUGAUCCAUUCCUGAAAGCAUGACUGAGUGUGUUGGCAGAUUUUGUUUGCAUUUAUCUUGAGUGUUUAAAGUCCCAGAAAAUUUAGUCUUGAUCCAAAACACUGGGGAAAAAUAACACCAAACCAAACACAUUUUAAUAACUUAAAGGAGCAGCAUAGAAGAAACUAGACCGAGAAGCUUGAGUGAAAGGGAAAAGCCACACAGCCAACUGUGCCUGGAAAGUGACACCCAGUCCCUUCAUGGGAGGCCAAGGGUCCUCAUCUGAUUGUGCAUAGGUGUCUGUGUGGAUAUGUUGAGAGAGUACAUAUGGUUCCCAUGUGUAAGCAUCUGGACUUAUUUCUGUAUCCUCAGAAUAGAAAGCAAAAGAAGCAUGAUGCUUCCCAAUCCUUGACCCUCCCCAGCCCCAGACCACGAAGGGUUCAGCAGUGUGUAAGACAUAAAGAGAAAGAGAACAAGAGACAACUCUCAAUAACAUGCAUGCCACUGUGUAGACGUUCAGAACUACCUAUGUGAAUAUAUCUCCCACCUUACACACACACAUACAUGCACAACCACAUGGCAUAGAAAUACACUGUAUGUGGAAUACGGCGAUAUUAGUUAGGACCCUGGGCCGUAGUCAUAGCCCUGUUGCCACUUUUGUGUUGUGUACACAUUGAAUGGCUCAUAGAUUUUAAGAGAUUUUCUUCAAUGUAAGUAUUCCUACUAAAUGCACUUAUGCUUCUCAAUGUUUAUAUAUUUUGGUAACAUUGAUUUAUUAGAUCUUUGGUAUUGUAUUUUAGUUAGAUAAAUUUUCCUCAAAUGUUUGAUUAAUGCUUUGAUGUCAAGAUUGUACAUUUUUUUAGUUAGAACUCAGAAAGUAUUAUACAGCUCUGGGCAUUUUCAGCUGCAGACUGUGGUGUUCUCAGCUAAAAAUUGCACUGUGUUCUCGUGUACAAACUUUCACUUCUCAAAUGAGACCACCUUAGUGCCAUGCUCACGUCCCUAACCGCUGGCUAUCUGACUGGCAUUGCUGUCACAUGACCUUCCACUUCAUACAUCAGCAGCUUGUAAUGGCAUUUUUAGAUGUCACCAAAAAUAACACAAGUGGUGAUAAGUGCAUGUUGUUGGAAGGUGUAUGCUUCCAAACUUUCACCUGUUUUAUGUACACACCCAAGAUUCUGUUAAACAUUUAAUCAUUUAUUCAUGAAAGAACAAUUGGCCAGAAAUACUUAAAAUUAUCUUUUUUAAAAAACGGGAAGAGACUCUCAAACUAGAUAACACCUUCCAACAACAUCAAGUUCAGUUAGUACUUAAAUGAAAUUCCUUAAAUAGUCACAUGUAUGCUCUCCUCGAUAUUAUUUAACAUCAUGACUGCGGACUUUGUAUGUUUUAAUGAUGUUGCGAUAAAGCCACUCAUCCACCUGCUAUGGAUCCCUGACAAGACUGGGCAGCUGAAAAAUACAAGGAGAAGAAAAUCCUAUUCUGCUGUAAGAACUUGAUUUACUUUCAUCUUUCCUUAUACAUCACUAAAGGAAAAGAAUUUGAAAAUCAUUUUGAAUCUGAUAAGUAUGGGUAGCAUGUUACCUGAAACUUUUCAUUUGUACAUUUUGAUGUCUUGAUCUUUUGCAUGGAAGAGACAACAGUGCCACGUCCGAAUUGUUCUCUUGUGCUUGGUUUGUACGUAUUGUUUCCUUACUCUUUGGUUUUCAGAGACAUCAAAGCAAAAUAUAACAGUGGCCCAUUGUAUUCUGACCAAUCUAAAAAAUCCUUGUGAUUAAAUUUCAUUUGUCAGUGUAAAUAACUUUCUUGCCAAUAAGUAUUAUUGUUGUUAGAUAACGAAUGCAAUAAAAAGAAAUACAGAGAUCUGUCGAGUACAUGUUUCUUUUUCCUCUUCCACUGCCACCUUCAACUAAAACAAGCCUUGAUGGGGUAAACCCGCAUUAACUGCCAAAACAUAGCUAUCCAUCAAGAGUAAAGUGCACAUUUUUCAUGGAAAUGAUACUAAAAAUAAGUUUUAACUCUGGUAAAGUGUAAAUUGGCAGCUAGAAUUACAUUUGAAAGCACAAUUACAGAACUGGGCAUGAGGUUAAAGAACAAGGCCUCCAGUUGGAGCUCACUCACCCAUCUCUUCCCCUGUCCCUCGGUUGUUGCUUCCCCAUCAGAGUUCCAAUACCCAGCAGCCAGAGAAGGUUGUGGGGGGGUGGGUAAGUCCAUCAAGCAGUCAGCCUCUCACAGUAGGAGGCCAGCUGAGAAGGAAUCAGGCCCAGCCCAGAGCACAGGGUUAUUUUAGGUCUUUUCAGUUCCAAGACGGUCAAGACUCAGAAAGCUUGGAUAGAACAAAUGAAUAUUCUUUCUCCAGCUUCACAGAAUAAGUGAAGUGGACCUGUUUUCCUCCUUCUGAGGCAGGCUGUUAAAAAUCUCUUAUGAAGGUCUGCCCCUUUUUGGAUGAUCUUAAAGAUAUGCCAUGGGAAACUGGACAGCUUCUUUUCAUCCUUUUUCUUUUCUCUUUUUGAUAGAAUCAGCUUGUUCCAUCAAUAACAAGAAAGAACAGGAUAUGGCCAUUUUACCAAAGGUGUCAUGAAAGCUAGCCAUUCAAGAGAUUCUUUUUAAAAGAAGUAGGUGAAGUGUUUUUGUUGUUGUUGAUUUUUUUGUUUUGUUUUGUUUUACUAAGUGCCACACUCAUUGAUAAUCAUAACCAGUAUUUCAGUGUCUGGCUUCCUAGGCUCUGAAUAGACAACAUUACUGAGUAAUGAUUACCAGGGACACUUGAUACCAGGUACUAAAACUAACUAAAACAAUAUGAAUCCUGAUGUGAGGAAAAGUGGUUUAUGAUUUUAAAAAAAAUUUAUUAUUAUUGGUUUUGGGGAUGAGGUCUUGCUACUGAGCCUAAGUUGGCCCGGAACUUAUGAUCCCUCUACCUCAGCCUCCAAAGUGGUAGAAUUAUAGGCAUGCAUCAGCAUGGGUGGAUCAAAAAUAUUUUUUGCUUUAUACCUUCAAUCUAUGAUCUUAAACAGUUGGCUGGUCUCAGUUUCUUAGCAAACCAUUUUCCCCCCAAAAGACCAGAUAAAUAUCACAGCAAGUAUCUUAGAAAUGCUUGGAUUCUAAAGUGACUGUCUUCAUGUCUGCCCAAAUAAUCUAGCAUUGAGGUUCUGUCUUCAAAACAGACAAGUAAAUAAUGGCAUGAACCCCUUGUUUCAUAAUCAACAAAAGAAAAACGAUACUGUCUUCUUAGUAAUGUCUUUCAGAAAAUAACCAAAGGUUGUUGAUCUUUCUAUUUUUUAAAACCUGUUUAUCUUCCUUUUUCUUCUCAACCUCCACAGCAAGUUAAAAUAGAAAAAACAAAGUCCAAGAAAGCAAAAACCAGUCUCUACUACCACCUGAACAGCAUAGACUUUAGGACCUGUACAUUUAGCCAUUUUGAUGCAAGAGAAU